AUGGUUUUCCGGAAACCGUUAGAAAAAUUGGCUCCAACAACGGCAAAUCGCGAUGUGCGACUUUUACGAUGACUUUGACGCGCGAAUCUCUAAAUUUUGAAAUUCCUCAGGCUUUUCAACAAAUUUUGAAAUUUCUCAGGCUUUUCAACAAAUUUUGAAAUUCCUCAGGCUUUUCAACAAUUCAAAGUUUGCUGUACCAGUUAACGCGCCAAUUUCGGUAAUGCCGAAAAUACUUGAAAACGGCCAUUAUAUUCCAAAUACUACGAAACGAUCACAUAGCUUAUAGCUGUUUGCCCUUAUGGUCUGAACUUUAAAUUCGGCGUAUACGUGAUCUAUCAGAUCGCGUGAGCCGAUCUCACGAGCUUUGCGUAGUGAGACUCAUUCCCAGCUGUUCAAAGCUCUUCGGUCGACGCGACUGAUCAUCAGAUCGGUCGGGGUCCUGUCGGAGUCAGACAGGAUCCUGGUGAGAACCAGGAGAUCUCGUUCACCUGGUUCGAACCGAAAAUCGGAUCCAACAUGGAACCGAGGUCUGAGGCCCUGUGCUACAGAUCGGUCGGGGUCCCGUCGGAGUCAGACAGGAUCCUGGUGAGAACCAGGAGAAGUCAGGAAACUGCCAAAAAAUGAUGAUUUUGAGAUUUUUCAGGCGCUGCCAAUUUUUGGAAGCUUUUGUUCUGUAGAAUCUGA